AUGCGCGCGCCAGAGGCCUGCUCCGCUGAGCCUUCUUCUCUCCCUUCUUCUCUCCCCUCCGCUGCGCCUGCCUCUGUACCUGGCUCUGCGCCUGGCUCUGCACCUGCCUCUGCGUCUCCGCCGUUUCCUCGCUACAUCCAAGGAGCUCUGCAGCGCGAGUGCGCCCUGGAGUUUGCCGAUUGGCGGUGGCUGUGUUCGCAUGCACUGGACUCUGAGGGAGCGGCUCUGGAGUAUUUCUACCUGUCCCCCUUCUACGUCGAGCAGGCGAGUGAAACGCUGAACGAGCGGAUGCGUCGCGGCGAGCGUCUGCAGGCGGACUUGCAAGGCUUGCUCUUCUCGGUCUCGUAUUCGAAUCUGGACGUCCUUCGCGCGGAGGCACCCCAGUUCUUCCGCGCCGAGGCUCGCGACCGCCAGGCCGAGGCUCCCACUGUCUCCGACUUCGCCGCCAGAUGCACAUUCUUCAACGCACAGGCGAUCUUUCACAUCACCCUGCUGCGCCGCGAGUCGGCGCGGCAUGGCGCCACCCGCACUCUGCCUCUCCGCGUCUACGCCGUUGUCGCCGGGAAGAUCUACCGCCUUCCUCCCCUCUUCGACGUCCUGCAGCAGAAGAUGGCGGCUGCCAUGAGCCACUUGGAGACCUGCUUCGACCUGCUCCAGAGCCGCCUCGCUCGCUGGAGCCUCGCAGACGGAUACACCUGGGCAGACCGUCAGACGCGGGAGACGCAGAGACUCGGCGUCCGCAGUCCGACGGGGGACGCCGCAGAAGCAGAAAGAGAAGACUUUGGAGAAGCAGAGACAGUCGUCACAGAAGUCUUCAGAAGGCCCGGAAGCGAAGUGGCGGCACGCGUGCUCGUUGAGGAGCAGCGGCUGCUCGCGAAGGAGGUUUCGACUUUGGCAGAACAGAGGAAAGCCGUGGAUGAGAAAUGGCGCCUCGCCCGGGAGGCUGAGGCGAAGUUGGCGGCUGCGCUGGAGAAGACGUUUGGGGUGUACAGACAGCAGAAGACUGCGCAGCUGAAGCAGCUCGCGCCUUCUCAGCAGCUCGCGUUUCUGUUGGAGAAACGGAAGCUCCAGGCUCAGGCCGCCGAGCGCAUGCAGAAGCCGGCGCAGUCGCAUGCCGUUUGA